AUGCUAUGCCCAUGUAGAGAUUGCCGCAAUUUAUGCCAUCAGUCGGUAGAGGAAAUUGUUGAGCAUCUAGUGAUAAGGGGUAUGGAUAAGAAGUAUAAGACUUCUUGUUGGAGUAUUCAUGGUGAAAAAAGAGCAUCUACAGAAGACAGUGGUCGUCGACAUGAAACAGAGGCAUUUGAGUUGUUUAAGACAGCAUUCUCUAUGAAUGAAGGUGAACCAAAUCAGACGAAUGGUAAUGAAGCAUUAGAGGCAAACGACGAUGAAGCAGUAGAGGAAACUCAGUUUAAGAAAAAGUUAAGAGAAGCUGAAACUCCAUUGUACUCUGAUUUUAUCAAAUACACAAAGGUUUCAGCAAUUAUGGGACUUUACAGAUUCAAGGUUAAGAGUGGUGUGUCAGAGAACUACUUUGAUCAGCUGUUGGAUUUAAUAAAGGACAUACUACCUGAAGACAAUGUACUUCCGAAGAGUUUAGCUACAAUCAAAAAAAUUCUGAAGAUAUUUGGUUUCGGAUACCAAAGUAUUCAUGCUUGCAAGAAUGAUUGCAUUCUAUAUAGGAAGGAGUUUGAGAAGUUAGAUAGCUGUCCAAGAUGCAAAGUUUCAAGAUGGGAAAAGGAUAAGCACAGUAAUGAGAUAAAGGUUGGGAUUCCAACAAAGAUCCCUGGUCCAACAGCUCCUGGUAAUAACAUAGAUGUUUACUUGGCUCCACUGAUAGACGAUCUAAAAGAUUUGUGGGCUGAGGGUAUUGAAGUCUAUGACUCAUUUGCGAAGGAGAAUUUCACACUUAGAGCCAUGCUGCUUUGGAGUAUCAGUGACUAUCCAGCCUUAGGAACAUUGUCUGGAUGUAAAGUGAAGGGGAAACAAGCCUGCAAUGUAUGUGGAAAGGAUACACCUUCCAGAUGGCUUAAGUUUAGCCGUAAGUUUGUCUAUAUGGGGAACAGAAAGAGACUGCCGCCGGGCCAUCGUUACAGAUAUAAAAAAGCUUGGUUUGACAACACUGUUGAGGAAGGGAAUGCCAAAAGGAUACAAACUGGCGAUGAAAUAUAUCAGACACUUCAAGCUUUUAGGAAUGAUUUUGGAAAACCUCUAGACAAGGAAAAUAAAAGAAAAAGAGCUGAGUUGGAAGAUGAUGAGGUGGUUCAAGAAGAAGAGUGUGAAGAAUCGAAUGAUCUAUGGCGGUGGAAGAAGAGAUCAAUAUUCUUUGAACUACCUUACUGGAAGGAUUUGCCUGUUCGUCACAAUAUUGAUGUUAUGCAUGUAGAAAAAAAUGUGUCGGAUGCUAUAUUGUCUAUCUUGAUGCAAAGUGCUAAGUCAAAGGAUGGUUUGAAAGCAAGAAAAGACUUAGAAGAUAUUGGAAUCAGAAAUCACUUGCACACAGAGGUCAGGGGAAAGAAAACAUACUUACCUCAGCAGCCUAUUGGUUAUCCAAGAAAGAGAAGACCAUUUUCUGCCAAAGGUAGUUUAAAGUCGCAUGAUCAUCAUGUCCUAGUCCAGAACUUGUUACCGGCUGCAUUAAGAGGGUUGCUACAUAAGGGUCCUAGGAUUGCCAUAAGUAGAUUAUGCAGUUACUUCAACAGGUUGUGUCAGUGCAUCAUCGACCCAGAGAAACUUAUGACAAUGGAGACAGAGUUUGUGGAAACAAUGUGUCAACUGGAGCGCUUCUUCCCUCCUUCCCUUUUUGAUAUCAUGUUCCACCUUCCAAUACAUCUAUCAAAAGAGGCACGUUUGGGAGGACCAGUCCACUUCCGCUGGAUGUAUCCCUUCGAAAGGUACAUGAAAACAUUUAAGGCUUUUGUUAAGAAUCAUGCAAGGCCAGAAGCAUGUAUGGCUGAGGGGUAUUUAGCUGGAGAAUGCGUUGCAUUUUGUUUAGAGUUCCUUAAAGAUUCAGUACCAGUUCAAGAAACAGUUAACCGCAAUGAAGAUAUUGAGGCUGAUAGAAGCGUGAUUGAAGGUCGACCUCUGCAGAAGGGUAUAGAAGUUACUCUAUCAGAUAAAGAUAGAGACACUGCACAUCGCUAUGUGCUAAUGAACAUGGCAUCUUUGAAUCCUUAUGUCGAGAAGCAUUUGGAAGAAUUACAAGCUAAUGAUGCUCGAUGUGCUAAAAAUGAAACUUUGUUGUGGAAAAACCAUACUGAGCAGUUUGCACAAUGGCUUAAAAUAAAGAUUCAUUCAGACUCAACAAAUAGUCAUUCUAAAGAGAUAAGGUGGUUGGCAUUUGGACCAAGAAAUGUUGUUGUAGCACAUAAAGGAUUUAUCGUUAAUGGGCAACGGUUUCAUACAGAUGCGGUUAAGCGGAAGACACAAAACAGUGGAGUAACUUAUGAAGCAUUUAGCAUGUGUAGAUCAAGUGCUCGAGAUAUGAGACAAGUCACUGAUAUACUUACAUAUUAUGGAGUGAUAAAGGAGAUUUUACUUAUGGACUAUCACAUGUUCAAAGUGCCGCUGUUUAGAUGCAAUUGGGCCAACACAGGGAAUGGUGUGAAGGAGGAAGAUGGUUUCACUCUUGUCAACCUUCAUAUGAACCAAACAGCCUAUUUGAAAGAUCCAUUCAUUCUACCUUCUCAAGCAAAACAGGUUUUCUACUCUAGGGAAGAUGAUAAUUCAAAUUGGUAUGUUGUUAUGAGAGAACCACCUAGAGGCUAUCAUGAGUUGGAAACAGAAGAGAAUUUAAGUGGUGCACCUUUGCCUAUCCAAGAACUCGAUGAUUUGGAUGAUGAAGCUUGUGAUAAUGAUAGUGUUUAUGUUAGGGAUGAUUGUGAAGGCUUGUUAGUGGUAGAUUGA